GGCUUUGGUUGCUUUGGUGGACUGUGCUCCUUUGCUUUUAUUGCUAAGCCAUCCUUCAGGCAGAGAGGGAGCGGCUGCAGGAGGUAAUGAGAGAUGGCAAGAAAAAAGCUGAAAAAAUUUACUACUUUGGAGCUUGUGCUCAGUGUUCUUCUGCUUGUGGUGUUUAUCAUCAGUGUUGUUCUAAUUGUGCUUUUAGCCAAAGAGUCACUGAAAUCAACAGCCCCAGAUCCUGGGACAACUGGUACUCCAGUUGGGAGUACAAUUGGUUCCACACAUCCUGGGACAGUUAGUACCCCAGAUCGUGGAACAUCUGGUACCACUCCUGUUUCUGCUGAAUGUCCAGUGGUAAAUGAAUUGGAACGAAUUAAUUGCAUUCCUGACCAGCCACCAACAAAGGCCACAUGUGACCAACGGGGCUGCUGCUGGAGUCUCCAGGGAGCAGGAAGUGUUCCCUGGUGCUACUAUUCCAAGAAUCAUGGCUACCACAUGGAGGGUGACCUUGUAAACACAAAUGCAGGAUUCACAGCCCGAUUGAAAAAUCUGCCUUCUUCACCCCUGUUUGGAAGCAGUGUUGACAGUGUUCUUCUCACAGCAGAAUAUCAGACAUCGAACCGUUUCCACUUUAAGUUGACCGACCAAACUAAAAGCAGGUAUGAAGUGCCCCAUGAACACGUGCAGUCCUUCAGUGGAAAUGCUGCUGCUUCUUUGACCUACCAAGUUGACAUCUCCAGAGAGCCAUUUAGCAUCAAAGUGACCAGAAGAAGCAACAGUCGUGUUUUGUUUGACUCGGGCAUUGGGCCCCUCCUGUUUGCCGACCAGUUCUUACAGCUCUCCUCUCGACUGCCUAGUGCUAAUGUGUAUGGCCUGGGAGAGCAUGUGCACCAGCAGUACCGGCAUGAUAUGAAUUGGAAGACCUGGCCCAUAUUUAACAGGGACACAACUCCCAAUGGUAAUGGAACUAAUUUGUAUGGUGCGCAGACAUUCUUCCUGUGCCUUGAAGAUGCUAGUGGAUUGUCCUUUGGGGUGUUUCUGAUGAACAGCAAUGCCAUGGAGGUUGUCCUUCAGCCCGCGCCAGCCAUCACUUACCGCACCACUGGGGGCAUUCUCGACUUCUAUGUGUUCCUGGGAAACACUCCAGAGCAAGUUGUUCAAGAAUAUCUAGAGCUCAUUGGGCGGCCAGCCCUUCCCUCCUACUGGGCGCUUGGAUUUCACCUCAGUCGUUACGAAUAUGGAACCUUAGAAAAUAUGAGAGAAGUCGUGGAGAGAAAUCGCGCAGCGCAACUCCCUUAUGAUGUUCAGCAUGCUGAUAUUGAUUAUAUGGAUGAGAGAAGGGACUUCACUUAUGAUCCAGUGGAUUUUAAAGAUUUCCCUGAGUUUGUCAAGGAGUUACACAAUAAUGGACAGAAGCUUGUCAUCAUUGUGGAUCCAGCCAUCUCUAACAACUCUUCCUCAAGUAAACCCUAUGGCCCAUAUGACAGGGGUUCAGAUAUGAAGAUAUGGGUGAAUGGUUCAGAUGGAGUCACUCCACUCAUUGGGGAGGUCUGGCCUGGACACACUGUGUUUCCUGAUUAUACCAAUCCCAACUGUGCUGUUUGGUGGGCAAAGGAAUUUGAGCUUUUUCACAAUCAAGUAGAGUUUGAUGGAAUCUGGAUUGAUAUGAAUGAAGCCUCCAACUUUGUUGAUGGCUCGGUCUUAGGAUGUUCUGCAAACAACCUAAAUUAUCCUGCAUUCAUUCCCAGAAUCCUAGAUGGGUGCCUGUUCUGCAAGACUCUCUGUAUGGAUGCAGUGCAGCACUGGGGCAAGCAGUAUGAUGUUCACAAUCUGUAUGGCUACUCCAUGGCAGUCGCCACGGCAGAAGCUGCCAAGACUGUGUUCCCUGAUAAGAGAAGCUUCAUUCUGACCCGUUCUACCUUUGCGGGGUCUGGCAAGUUUGCAGCACAUUGGUUAGGAGACAACACAGCCACCUGGGACGACCUUCGAUGGUCCAUCCCUGGAAUGCUUGAGUUCAACCUUUUUGGUAUCCCAAUGGUGGGUGCUGACAUAUGUGGCUUUGCCUUGGACGCCCCUGAGGAGCUCUGUAGGCGAUGGAUGCAGCUGGGCGCAUUUUAUCCAUUUUCUAGGAAUCACAAUGGCCAAGGAUACAAGGACCAGGACCCUGCCUCCUUUGGAGCUGACUCCCUGCUGUUGAAUUCCUCCAGGCACUACCUUAACAUCCGCUAUACUCUAUUGCCCUACCUGUACACCCUCUUCUUCCGUGCUCACAGCCGAGGGGACACAGUGGCCAGGCCCCUUUUGCAUGAGUUCUACGGGGACAACAACACUUGGGAUGUGCACCAACAGUUCUUAUGGGGGCCCGGCCUCCUCAUCACUCCAGUUCUGGAUGAAGGUGUGGAGAAAGUGACGGCAUAUGUGCCUGAUGCUGUCUGGUAUGACUAUGAAACGGGGGGCCAAGUGAGAUGGAGGAAGCAAAAAGUCGAGAUGGAGCUUCCUGGAGACAAAAUUGGACUUCACCUUCGAGGAGGCUACAUCUUCCCCACACAGCAGCCAAAUACAACCACUCUGGCCAGCCGAAAGAACCCUCUUGGUCUUAUCAUUGCCCUAGAUGAGAACAAAGAAGCAAAAGGAGAACUUUUCUGGGAUGAUGGGGAAAUGAAGGAUACUGUGGCCAAUAAAGUGUAUCUUUUUUGUGAGUUUUCUGUCACUCAAAACCGCUUGGAGGUGAAUAUUUCACAAUCAACCUACAAGGACCCCAACAAUUUAGCAUUUAAUGAGAUUAAAAUUCUUGGGACACAGGAACCUAGCAAUGUUACAGUGAAACACAAUGGUGUCCCAAGUCAGACUUCUCCUACAGUCACUUAUGAUUCCAAUCUGAAGGUUGCCAUUAUCACAGACAUCAAUCUUGUCCUGGGAGAAGCAUACACAGUGGAGUGGGACAUAAAAAUAAGGGACGAAGAAAAAAUAGACUGUUACCCUGAUGAGAAUGGUGCUUCUGCAGAAAACUGCGCUGCCCGUGGCUGCAUCUGGGAGGCAUCCAAUUCUUCUGGAGUCCCGUUUUGCUAUUUUGUCAAUGAUCUAUAUUCUGUCAAUGAUGUUCAAUAUAAUUCACAUGGAGCCACAGCUGACAUCUCCUUAAAAUCUUCUGUUUAUGCCACUGCCUUCCCUUCCACACCCGUGAACUCCCUUCACCUGGAUGUAACUUACCAUAAGAAUGACAUUCUGCAGUUCAAGAUUUAUGAUCCCAAUAACAAUCGGUAUGAAGUCCCAGUCCCUCUGAACAUACCCAGGAUUCCAUCCAGCAGCCCCGAGGGUCAACUCUAUGACGUCCUCAUUAAGAAGAAUCCAUUUGGGAUUGAAAUUCGCCGGAAGAGUACGGGCACUAUAAUUUGGGACUCUCAGCUCCUUGGCUUCACCUUCAAUGACAUGUUUAUCCGCAUCUCCGCCCGCCUUCCCUCCAAGUACCUCUAUGGCUUUGGGGAAACUGAGCACACGUCCUACAGGAGAGACUUGAAUUGGCACACGUGGGGGAUGUUCUCCCGAGACCAGCCCCCAGGGUACAAGAAGAAUUCCUAUGGUGUCCACCCCUACUACAUGGGACUGGAGGAGGACGGCAGUGCCCAUGGAGUGCUCCUGCUGAACAGCAAUGCCAUGGAUGUGACGUUCCAGCCCCUGCCUGCCUUGACAUAUCGUACCACAGGGGGAGUUCUGGACUUUUAUGUGUUCUUGGGGCCAACUCCAGAGCUUGUCACCCAGCAGUACACUGAGUUGAUCGGCCGGCCUGUGAUGGUCCCUUACUGGUCUUUGGGCUUCCAGCUGUGUCGCUAUGGAUACCAGAACGACUCUGAGAUCGCCAGCUUGUAUGAUGAGAUGGUGGCCGCCCAGAUCCCUUAUGACGUGCAGUACUCAGACAUCGACUACAUGGAGCGGCAGCUGGACUUCACCCUCAGCCCCAAGUUUGCUGGGUUUCCAGCUCUGAUCAAUCGCAUGAAGGCUGACGGGAUGCGGGUCAUCCUCAUUCUGGAUCCAGCCAUUUCUGGCAAUGAGACACAGCCCUAUCCUGCCUUCACUCGGGGCAUGGAGGAUGACGUCUUCAUCAAAUACCCAAAUGAUGGAGACAUUGUCUGGGGAAAGGUCUGGCCUGAUUUUCCUGAUGUUGUUGUGAAUGGGUCUCUAGACUGGGACAGUCAAGUGGAGCUGUAUCGAGCUUAUGUGGCUUUCCCAGACUUUUUCCGUAAUUCAACUGCCAAGUGGUGGAAGAGGGAAAUAGAAGAACUAUACAACAAUCCACAGAAUCCAGAGAGGAGCUUGAAGUUUGAUGGCAUAUGGAUUGAUAUGAAUGAACCAUCGAGCUUCGUGAAUGGGGCAGUUCAUCCAGGCUGCAGGGAUGCCUCUCUGAACCACCCUCCCUACAUGCCAC